CUCGUGGUCAUUUAUGUGCGUUAUCGAUAUGUCUACAUGCAUAAAAGGUAAAAAGUAAUUGAAUAUCACAUUUUCUUCAAAUGUGCACAAGAAGUUGCAUUUUUGUAUGCAUCAAAUAAUAUUUAAAACAAGAAGAUAGUAUUUCUUCAAAUAACAACAAAUGAAACUGUUAAUAGCUUCUUCUUAAUAAAGGUAAUUUUGAAACUAUAAAGCAAUUAUGUCGACUCGACGGCCCAGAAUCAAGGCCGCUGCCAACUUGGCUUUAGCUUCGAAACGUAAACCUAAAAACAACAACCUAGCAGCUGUGGUCAAGCCCAAAGAAGAACCGUCUGAUAUUAAAAUUAAGUCGUCAACCGAAGAGGAAUUAGAAAACACCUUAAAAACGACCACUGUAGAGGAAACAAUUGCGGAAGAGGUUGUUACUGAGAACCAAGUCGAGGUCAAUGAAUGUCAGCCUAUUCCUGAAUCUAUACCCUUACCUGAAAUUCCCGAUUCUGUGGAAAUUCUAUCUCUCGCAGAGAGUUCUAGCAUUGCUGAAGGCAAUGAACUCAUAGAAUCAACAGUGACACCUUCACCCUUAACUCUUGAUAAUGUUACAUCUCCUAUUGUUCCCGAUCAAUACUCAUAUUCAUCUCAACCUUUAGAAAUCCCACCACUAGAUUCUUCAAGUGUGGAAAGUCCAGAAAUCAUUCAAAAUACAUCUGGCAAAACUCUACAAAGCUUUGAAGAUGCCUUUAAAUAUCCCUUUAACCCAGACUACAAACGCUCCUCUGCAAUCAUCCCUCCAUUGGAAGAAAAUACUGUCUCCGAUUUGGAAGACAAUAUUCUGCACAUGGAUUUGCAAAAGUCACCCGGAUUUCCUAUGUCUCCGACCAAAGCACGUCAAAGAAUACGGCCCACACCGAUUUUUGGUCAAAGACGUAAUAGUUUUGUGGGGACAAGUCCCUCACCACACACUGAGGAUGACUCAACCGGAACAACACGCCAGAGAAGCUCAAACAGCACAUCAUCGGAUAUAUCUGGAAAUUUCCUAAUGAGAAAACUAGCAGCCGGAAAUCUAGGACGAAUACGUACCGAAUCGGGUUGCUCAACAAUAUCCGAAUCCCGAGGAUCUUCUCGUAGAAAUCCCAACGAUGAACCGAACAAAUCUUUAAAAAAAGAAUUCCAAAUGCGUUUCAAUGGGGGAGUUCCCGACAAGUCAACAUUGAAAAUGUUUGAUCUCAUUUACUAUAAUCCACUAACAAAUCCCAUGGAGAAGAGACCAACUGGAGCUACACAGGUUAGUGAGAAAUCUACAGAAGAAAUAACUGGAUCAGAGGCAAAGACUGCGGCUGGUAUGACUGAAUCUGCGAUGCCAGUACCACAAUUGAAACUUGGCUCGAAUGGAGAACUUAUGAUUGAUGAAAUGAGUUUGGAAAUCGAGACAACUGCCGAAGUGGAAGCUAGGAAAGUUCUGGCUAAUACUAGUUUAAUAUAUCAUGAUGAGAAUACUGGUGGUGAAGGUUUCUAUAAGCGAACAAAACGCACAAAAGAUUGGUCACCCGAUGAGACAAUCAAAUUUUAUAGAUGUCUUCAAACUGUCGGAACGGAUUUCUCGCUAAUGUUAACUUUGUUUCCGAAUCGUAAGAGACGAGAUCUUAAGCUAAAAUUCAAGAAGGAGGAACGAUGUAAUUUGAACUUAAUCAAUAAGGCGCUGUUGUAUCCGGGGACGUUUAAUAUUGAAGAUUUGAAAGAGCAAUUGGACGCAGAAGAUAGAGAACGUCUAGAACAGGAACGAUUAUGGAAGGAAAUCAAGGCAAAGGAGGCUAAGAAAAAGAAAAAGACUACAACUCCUACCAGCAAAACAUCACGAAUUCUAGCUUCUGGCGAUGAGGCAUACCAAAAUGAAAACAUAACCAAGGCAAAAUUAUCAAAACGAGCACCAACAAAAAGUAAAACAAAAGACUCCGAACCAAAGGAAAAACGAAGAAAGAAGAAUACAAAAUCUGUUAACGAUGUGAAAACAGAGCUACUAGAUGUUGAAUUGGAAGAGUUAUUGGGAGGCUCAGAAGUCGAAACUAUGGAUUCUUAUGCUGAAAGUGAUGGCGGCUUAAAUGAAGCAUCAAUAAAUCUUAUCCUCAACGAAUUGGCUAAUGGAACUUUAGCCCUGGUAAGCAGUGAAGAUUUGUCCAAUCCAAAUAAGACGACUGUCAACGAGAUUUACAUCAUGUGUAAAGAAACAAAGAAGCUAAGUGACAAACCAUUGGAUCUGCCUGAGGAUAUAGUCGAUGCAAUUAAAGAAGCUAUCACAAGCUGAAGAAAAUAUUUUGCUGCUUUGUUAUUGUUGUUUUAUGCCAUUUAAGCUCAAAUUGCGCUUGCAUUUAAAAAAAAACUUG